UGCUGGGGGAGUGUGUGUGAUGCUACAACCUCCUUACAAAGGGACUCUCUCUCACGUUGUGGCUGGGAAAUUAGAGCACAUUGCCUAAAAAAUUGAGGUCUCCACACACACGCUCACGCACACACGCCGAGUCACCGCAGCCAUGGAGUGGAUGAACGCCGAGGAGACGCUCCGCAGGGCCGAGACGCCUCUCUUCUGGGUCGGCGCCUUCACCGUGGCCUCCCUGGCGCUGUGGCUGCUCUACAGGCUGCUCUCGGGCUUCAGGAUCUGGGUCCUGGGGAAUGGGCAGCUGCUCUCGAAGCUGGGCAAAUGGGCAGUUGUGACGGGAGCCACGGAUGGAAUUGGGAAAUCCUAUGCGGAGGAGCUGGCUCGUCGUGGAUUCGCCAUGAUGUUGAUUAGUCGCUCUCAGGACAAGCUGGAUGACGUGGCCAGGGCACUUGAGGAGCAGUUUAAAAUAGAGACCAGGACCAUUGCUGUUGACUUUGGCAAAUCGGACAUCUACUCCAAGAUCGAGGUGGGGCUGGCUGGACUUGAGAUCGGUGUACUUGUCAACAAUGUUGGUGUGUCUUACUCCUACCCUGAGUACUACCUCAACAUUCCUGAUCUGGACAACUUCAUCACAAAUAUGAUCAACGUCAACAUAACCUCAGUGUGCCAGAUGACCCGUCUGGUGCUGCCCAGAAUGGCUGAGAGGUCCAAAGGUAUUAUCCUCAACAUCUCCUCUGCCAGUGGCAUGUAUCCUCUCCCUCUGCUCACAGUCUACUCUUCCUCAAAGGCCUUUGUGGACUUUUUCUCUCGUGGCCUUCAGGAGGAGUACAGACGUCAGGGCAUCAUCAUUCAGAGUGUGCUGCCCUUCUUUGUGGCCACAAAGAUGACUCGUAUCAGGAAGCCCACCCUGGACAAGCCCACCCCUGAGCGCUACGUAGCAGCUGAGAUCGCCACUGUGGGUCUGCAGAGUCAGACCAACGGCUACUUCCCCCACGCAGUCAUGGGUUGGGUGACCACCAAGAUGGUGCCAAUAAGCAUGGUUAUCUUCCUGGGGGCCAGCAUGAACCGUCUGCAGCGUUCUGGAUACCUGCACAGGAGGAAGCUGCGGGAGCAGAGAAACGGAAACAAUUUAAAGAAAAUUGAAUAGGAAGAUGUCUGACGAUUCUGCCGUCGGCCAAAACUGUUAUGACUCGGUGCAGUAUUUAGGGAAGAGAGAUGGUAUUUAGUAUCUGUGCGAUUGAUCCUUCAGGGUUACCAGAUAUUUCACCUUUGUGCCUUUUUAUUAAUUAUGCACAUCAGAGCGUAUGUAUGACUUAAUGUUGAAAACGCUAAUCUGCCCUGAUUUGUCUGGACAGAAAUAGCCAAGGUUGACAAGAGCUGAAAUAAUAUGACGGUGCUGCUCUUGGAAAAGGACAUUAAUAUCUUCUUGUCAUUGACACUGAUGGUGAAAUUUAUACAGCCAAAAAAAGAGUGAUUUGUUAACCCUGCUGUUGUAAGCAGUGGAAAUGGUGGUGGGCAUCUUUUUAUAUAAAUUUGUAUCAUUAUUUAUUAUACAUUUGUAUGAACACACGAGCCAAACUGAGACCUUUUCAUGAUUAGUGUUUAGCCUAGUCCAGUUUACAAAUCAGUGAACCAUUUAAAGAUGGCCAUUUCUACUUUUUAUCAUGUCGAUUAACUUGCAGCCUUUAGCUGUAAUCAUCAACCACCAGAUCUUUCUUCUUUUUUUCUAUGAUAUUCCAUGUUUACGGUAUAUUUAAAAUGAUGUUUUGUGAUGGGUUGUUGCACCAAUGUAUCAUGUGUUCUAAACCAAAGUUUUUCCUAGUUUUCCCACAUUUUUGCCUGAAACACAAGUGCCUUUUUCCUACUGAUAUUGACGCUGGAAAUGGUCAGAUUCACUGAGCAGGUAUUGAGAAGUUAAGAUGUACUGUAAAAGGUUGCAUUUCAACUGCUGCUUCUCCUAUGCAAACUACAAAGUUACUCAAAUCAGGCUUGUUUGAUUUAAAAGCCACUAAUCGAAGGCCACCCAUCCCCCAACCUCUGUACAUUUAUUUUGUACAAUGUGUUCUGAUAGGAUUUCACAUGGAUGGAGAUAGAUUAUCGUAAUUCAAUGUAGCAAAUACCUGUUCAGAUGAAGACAGAACAUAUACUGUACACUCGUGCAUUUUACAUAGUUUUACACUCAAACUGGUUUACAUACACCUUUGCUGGAGAAUUGCACCUCUUUACAGUAGGUGCACAGUUGAAUAGCCCAUGUGACUUGAUCUGACUAGUGCUGCAACUCGACAGCCUUGUCAAUCAUUCUCCUUUUGUAAAGAGUCUUAAUAUGGUUGUUUAUGUAGAAUCUGAAUUUAUGUGUAAAAUUCAGUUUCAUUUACCCUGCUGAUGGCAACUAAUGUUUUCUACUGUUUGUUAAUAAAAGUUCUGGCAUAUAAAAA